UAUGUCUGAUAAUUAGUUUAUUAUAUAAUUAAACUUCUUGUUUUCCGCUCGUCGUGGUCGCUACUAUAAUAAUAUCUCAUCACUUGAUCCCGAAUUACCCAGUUAAUAGCCAAGUAGCCAGGUAAUAAUAAUUAUUUUAUAUGAACAGAUACUUCACGUGAGCGGCCAGAUUGAUAUUAUGCGACAAGACUUGGCUGAAAUUUCCGACAGCGAAUACGACUCUAGCACGUCGUUGAUCAUAAUUAAAGAUCUGAUUUACAGGCAUCAGAAGAUUAUCACUCUGUCGGAAAAUAUCGAAAACUUGUUUUCUUACAUUGCGCUGAUGCAACUGCUGUGGAACACCUUGGUUAUCUGCUGCACCGGUUUCGUGAUCAUAAUCACCGUCAGUACCGACGUGGGUAUAACGACUUUGUUCAAAUCCGUGAGUUUUUAUAUCGCUAUUACUCUAGAAGCUUUCAUAUUCUGUUUCGCCGGGGAAUUUUUGAGUGCCAAGAGCAAAUCGAUCGGCGACGCGGUGUACGAGUCGCUCUGGUAUAAUAUGUCGCCAACCGACAGCCGCGUUUUAUUGUUCGUGAUGUUAAGAUCGCAAAAACGGUUGACGAUCACCGCGGGUAAAGUUGUCGAUUUGACUUUGGAAGGAUUUACGAGUAUCAUGAAAGCUUCUGCCUCCUAUGUGUCGGUAUUGAACGCGAUGUAUUAACGUCGGAAUGACUCUGUGGAUCACCGUAUGUACAUGUUCACCACCAUUGACUUAACCACAACAAUUUAAUAGGACAGUUAUCUUCGUCGGCUGAAUGGAAUCGUACAUUUUACGAGACGCGGGAUUGUUUUGCGGUGCGAAUUCCUUGUUAAUUCAACGAAUAAUCAUUCUUCAUUUCUGAUUUAAGGGAUAACAAGUGCCAGCAAAUACUUAAGUAAAAGUAAAAAUAGCCAGUAAAAAUAUCGAAG